AUGACAACCGAAACACCAUCCCCCAAACCCGGCUUGCAUCCGGUGUUCACCGUAACCAAUAUCCAGAAUAAAGUUCGUGUCCUCGACGGCACGAAGGUCACAUAUGCGUCGUGGGUUCGCCUAUUUAAACUCCAUGCCCGAGGGUACAAGGUUGUGUCUCACAUCGAUGGCACUCCUUCCCCUGCCGAGACGGAUGAUUCCUACGAAUCAUGGUCUGAAGUCGAUGCGCACGUGCUCCAAUGGAUUUACGGUACACUAAGCGACGACCUCCUUCCUCGUGUUCUUGAAGACGAAUCCACUGCCCGUGAGGCUUGGGUUCGGGUUGCAAAUAUCUUCAACAACAAUAAAGGGGCUCGCGCCGCCGCCCUCGAAUCGGAGUUUAACUCUCUUCGACUGGGAAAUAUGCCCUCGCUCGAGGCCUAUUGUCAACGCCUUCGCGAGAUUGCCGGGAUGCUUAAAGAUGUAGAUGCCCCCGUCACCGACCGCCGCCUCGUAAUUCAGUUGGUACGUGGCCUGCCCUCUGAAUACGAUACCGUUGCAUCUUUCAUCAAUCAGACCUCUCCUAAUUUCGAGACCGCAAGAAGUAUGCUGGAACUCGAACUCCAUCGCAAAUCUGGCACUGAAGAUUCUGCCACUGCCCUUGCUACUCCUGCCGCGGCGGGUACAGCCGUGGCCAUCUCACGCCAUGCCCCAGACUCGACCAAUGUUUCGUGGACAGCAGCCACGACAUCAAGGACAGGCGUUCGUCACUGA